CCCCGGUGAAAUAAACAAAGCUUCAAACUUCUUUGCGAACGCAUUCUACGCUACGCCCAUUGGGGAGAAGAGCAAAUAUCGUUGCAGGAAAGACCCGCCGCGAGCCACGACGUCGCCACCGACCUCAUCCGCGACUGGAGCUUUGCUCCUCUCCUCCUACUUGCUUGUGCAACUUCUGAUUGUUCAACUGCGCGCGCUCAACAUGGAGUCCACCGAGAACGCGGCGUUCCGGUCGGGGCUUCGUCCACCUAAAAUCCAUGCGACCACGGCCACAAGAACCCCGGCGGCAUGUCUCCAAGAAAUGACCGACUCGCAACACAAUGCAAGAGCUCAACCCGCAAUGCCUCCCGCGCAAGGCGUCAAACGCACCUACAAUGGGAACGUAGGAGGACAACCCGAGCCGAAAUCGCGGAAAACGUUGUCAGAGAGAGCAGGCGAACCCAUCACCAACAAGUCACAGCUUCCUUCAGCGUCAACCGGCCUUCCACGACCUGCGAGCAGCAUUAAGGGUGCAUCGAUCGCAGCACUGUCAUCUGCUGUAGGUGCCCUUCCCCCAAACCCACCAAGUCCGGCGCGCCCACGAGGUAGGCCAGCGAGGCGCGAUGCUGACAUUAGCGUCCAAUAGCAUCCUUCGUCUACCGUGUCGCGACAUGCACCCACUGGCAGCUUCGCCAAAAGCGUAGGUCCCGGCAGUCGCGCCGCGCCGUCCGCAAGGGCUCCCACAUCGAUGGGCUUCACCCAAUCAACAAACGGCCGCCGAGGACCAGCCCGUCCGCGGCCAGCUACUGCA